AUGAAGGGCAUAUUCAAGGCCCUGGCCACGGCGGUGCUCGCCACGGCCUCGCUGGCCCAGGAGUCGGCCCCGCCCUCGGCCUCGGCUUCGGCGUCCGCCGGGUCACCGCAGCCGUCUUCGGGCGCGCUCCCCGCCGUAGCGCCCAUCCGGCUCCGCCUCAACCCGGCCAACGUCCGGAACCUCGUCGACUCGGACUUCAUCACCUGGACGAUCCCCGGCUCCUCCAAAGCUAACAUUACGGUCGCCAACAUCACUGAGAGCGACGUCACCUUCACCCUCGCCGCGGGCAACGGCUCUGAGCUGGCGGGCAACUACUACAAGUACCAGUACACGCGCAUCCUCUCCUCCUUGGGCGAGCGCGUCGUCAACGAGGGCAUCAGCAACUCCAACAAGGAUGGCUCACCGAUCACGCUCACGAUCAAGGGUCUCGUGCCGGGCAACCACAGCCUGCUGACAUGGCACAACGCCUGGGACGCCCUCAACGAAACGGCGACGAUCGACAUUUCCGUCAACGGACAGACUGAUCUGACGGCCGUCAAGCAGUCUGCGCGCGUGGACAACAUCUGGCAGGCCGCGACCUCGUAUCUGACGUUCGAAGUUACAUCCGCGACGCAGGAGACCAAGAUCGUCUACACCCCGGGCAGCGGCGGCGACAAGCGGGCUUUCCUCAACGGGUUCGAGGUCGAUGCCCCGUCGAUGCAGAACCAGAUCAGCUUCCCUACGCCCAAGCACCGCGACGAGCGCAUCGAGGUUGCGGCGGACGACAGCGUCACUGCUACUUGGCAGGCUCCCGCCUCUGCUGAGGGUGUCAAGUACAAUGUGUACCUCGGCACGUCGCAGACUGACUUGAAGAGCGUUGCUGAGGGCGUGACGGAGACGAGCGCCAAGCUUCCUGGCCUCAACACCGUCGACAGCUUUUACUGGCGAGUCGAUGUUGUUUCCGGAUCAACCACCUACACUGGCCGCGUCUUCUUCUUCCGCGUCGCUCACCUAGCCUUCCCCGGUGCCGAAGGUUGGGGUCGCUUCGCCCGUGGUGGCCGCGGCGGCAAAGUCAUCAAGGUGACCAGCCUCGAAGACAGUGAAGCCGAAGGCACCCUCCGUUAUGCCCUGACCAUCGCCAAGGGCCCGCGCAUCGUCGUCUUCGACGUCGGUGGCGUUAUCACCACCACCUCCCGCAUGUCCGUCAACGACCAGUACAUCACCCUCGCCGGCCAGACCGCGCCGGGCAAGGGCAUCGUCAUCCAGGGUAACCCACUUGGCCUGACCGGCGCGUCCGACAUCAUCUUCCGCCACAUGCGCGUGCGGCCUGGCAAAGUCUCUGGGCAGACUAUCGACGGAAUGGGUAUGCAGGGUUCAAACCACUGCAUCUUUGACCGCUGCUCUAUGGGCUGGACGAUCGACGAGGCUUUCAGCUCGCGGUCUGCUUGGAACAUCACCUUCCAGCGCAACAUGAUCUCGGAACCUCUCAACGUCGCCGGCCACAAGAACUACCCCAACGGCACUGCUCACGGCUAUAGCGCCACGAUUGGCGGAGACGUCGGAUCUUUCCAUCACAACUUGCUCGCCCACGCCGAGGGUCGUAGCUGGAGCAUGGGCGGCGGUGUUGACGACAAUGCUGCGUUUGCCGGCCAGCUUGACAUUCGCAACAACGUCGUCUAUAACUUUGGUGGCCGUGCUACCGAUGGCGGUGCAAAGAAGGUCAACUUUGUAGGAAAUUAUUACAAGCAUGGGCCGGCCUCCACGCUUCCCUACGCCCUCAGAGCACAGUACGAGGACAACAUGCCCGGCAUGCAACAGUACUACUGCGCCGGAAACUCCAUGCCUGGCUUCUUCGACCAGGACUCAGUCCAGUAUCCCUCUGGCGACGGCACCGCCACAAAGAACACCACAAUCGCCUGCUGGGCCGACGUCAGCUUCGAGCCGGCCCCGACCUACCAAAAAUUCUUCGAUAAGGAGUUCUUCGAGCCCCACGUCGAGACGCAGCCCUCGACCGAGGCUUACAAACGCGUGCUCUCCGACAGCGGCGCCAGCCAGCCCGUCCGCGACAUCCACGACGCCCGUAUCGUCAACGAGACGGCCACGGGAACCGCCACCUACGUCGGCUCCGUGUCGGGCAAGAAGGGCCUCAUUGACGACCCCAAGGACGCGGGCGGGCUCGAGGAUUUCCCUACUGUUACGCGCGCAGCCAGCUGGGAUGCUGAUGGAGACGGUAUUGCGGAUUGGUGGGAUGGGUCAACUGGUGGUGAUGGGUACACUCCCAUCGAGGGGUAUCUCAACUUCAUGGCUGAUCCUCACGCGUAUGUUUCGCCUUCCAAGUCUGUCGAGGUUGACCUUGCUGCUCUGGCUCUGGGAUUCAAGGAGCCUACGUUUACGGUUUCUGGGGCAAAGAAGGGAGAGGUUACUGUCAGUGGGGGUAAGGCUACGUAUGCUGCUGGCGCUGAGGCUGGUAUUGAUCAUCUUGAGAUCAGUGUCAAGGACAGCGAGGGGAGCACGUGGACCCGGUCAUUUGGUGUCGCCAUCUUUGCCGGUGCGGAGGAGGCCUGA